AAGGCCGGCGGCAUCCCGCCGCUCGUCGAGCUCCUGCGCGACGGGAGCGCGACCGCCCAAGCGUGUGCCGCGGAGGCGCUGGGCAACCUCGCGUACAGCAGUUUCAAUUUCAAGGUCCUGAUCGCCGAGGCCGGCGGCAUCCCGCCGCUCGUCGAGCUCCUGCGCCACGGGCGCGCGAACCGCAAAGAGAAGUCCGCGCGCGCGCUGGGCACCCUCGCGUGGGCCAACCACGACAACGCGGUCCUGAUCGCCGAGGCCGGCGCCAUCCCGCUGCUCGUCGAGCUCCUGCGCGACGGGACCGCGAGCGGCAAAGAGAAGUCCGCGCGCGCGCUGUGCAGCCUCGCGGGCAACAACCGCGCCAACCAGGUCCAGAUCGUCGCGGCCGGCGCCAUUCCGCCGCUCGUCGAGCUCCUGCGCGACGGGAGCGCGGAGGCCAAAUUGCAGGCCGCGACGGCGCUGUGCUACCUC